AUGUAUUAUCAAUAUGAGCCUGUUGGUUCUCCUUCAGUCUUAAAUUCAGAAUCUGCGAAAUAUGUGCAGAUUCUGAACCUUAGACUGAAGCAUCAAGUCGCAUUUUCAAUGUACGACUUGAAUAAGAAUGGUUUUAUUACAAGAGACGAAUUCAAAGUGAUCCUGAAUAUGAUGGUUGGUGCAAAUAUAACCGCUGAACAACUAGAGAGCAUUGCUGAUCGGACAAUAUCUGAAGCUGAUAUCGACAACGAUGGAAAAAUUUCAUUCGAUGAAUUUUGUCGGGCAAUGGAAAAGACUGAUAUUGAGCAGAAAAUGUCAAUUCGCUUUUUGAAUUAG